CUGUUUUUUAAAGCAAUGGGCUCUCAAAAGAAGUUACCUUGCAAUUUGGUUACUUUGCAGGACCCGGACAUCAAAUAUCCAUUGUGUUUGAUAGAGAAAGAGGAGAUCAGCCACGAUACCAAGCGGUUUCGGUUUGGGCUUCCAUCAACAGAGCAUGUAUUGGGCUUGCCUGUGGGUCAGCAUGUAUAUCUCUCUGCCAAAGUUGCUGGCAACCUUGUGAUCCGGGCCUACACUCCAGUUUCUAGUGACGAAGUGAAAGGCUAUGUUGAUCUAAUUAUAAAGGUUUACUACAAAAAUGCUCACCCCAAAUUUCCAGAAGGUGGGAAGAUGUCCCAACAUUUAGACAGCAUGGAAAUUGGUGACACCAUAGACUUCAGAGGACCUAAUGGGCUCCUGGUAUAUAAUGGAUCAGGUAAAUUCACUAUCAAGCUGGAUAAGAAGUCUGAAGGAAAGAUAAAAUUUGCAAAACAUCUUGGAAUGAUAGCUGGUGGAACAGGGAUCACUCCGAUGCUUCAGCUGAUCCGGCACAUCACAAAGGACCCCACGGACAACACACAGUGUUACCUUCUCUUUGCCAACCAGACAGAGGAAGAUAUAUUGUUGAGACCGGAGCUUGAAGAUGUAGCUGCAAAUCACCCGGACCAAUUUAAAUUCUGGUAUACUUUGGACAGACCUCCUCAAGGAUGGAAGUACAGUUCUGGUUUUGUUACUGCCGACAUGAUAAAGGAUCACCUCCCUGCCCCUGGCGAUGACACUCUGAUUGUGAUGUGCGGGCCUCCACCUAUGGUUCAGUUUGCUUGUCAGCCUAAUCUCGAAAAACUAGGGUAUGCCAAAGAGAGCACUUUUGCUUAUUGA